UGGUCGCCGCUGCGUCGCCAAUUGCCACCUAGGGCUCCGCGCAGAUCACUUCUCCACGCGACAACGCAAGGAGCGACUUCCAUCACCCAUCGCCCGCCGAGCGGCCCCAGAGGCCCAGCACGCCCGUCUGAGGCUGAAGCUGCCACACCAUGAGCCACGAGCCCCUACAGCCACCCGCGGAUCAGGCUCGUCACCCUGCGGCGGAGAAGGCCCUCCCCAGCGACUCCACCGCCUUUGCUCCUCAGCCUAACGGGCUCGGGUCGAACGCCAACGCUCCCCCGUCACGAUCCUCGUCGCGAAAACAAUUGACCGCAGACGAGCUCACGAGACCCGAGUCGGCAUCCGCAAACGCUGACAGCUCGCUUACACCCGAGGGAGAGCCCAAGAAGAAGCGCUCGCUGUUGAGUAUUCCUGGCCGUUCGUCGAGGACGCAGCAAGACGACUCUACGCCCACGGGUACUGGCCUGAGCGGAGCAACUGUGGCAGACUCUUCGGAAAGCAUAGGGCGCGGCUCAAAACGCUCGUUCACGGGAAAGCGGAGGGCUGGGAGCACAGCAAGCAGCAAACACUCGCAGCGGCCCGUCACGUCGGAGAAAGCAGCACCGCCAUUGCCCGUCGCAGAGCACGCUGAGGGAUCGACGCUUAGCCAAGGAAAGAAGAAGAGCGGAGGAGGUUUCCUGUCGUUUCUGAACUGCUGUGGAGUGCCAAAGGGUGGGAAUUUGGUUGACCAGGACGACACCACGGAGAACGCAAAGAAAGCCAGCAAGCUGCGGUCAGGUCGGAGCACGCAGCCGACGCCGGUGAAGAAGCAAGAUGCGAGCGCGGCUGAAUCAAGCACGGCAGAUUCGAAGGACCCAAUCGAUGAGAAGUCUGGCGAGGCGGUUUACACAGGAAACAAACGUGACAGCGAUAAGCCCCUUCAAGGGGACGCGACUGCGGAGAGGCCUACUCCGCAAGUGACGACGACGGCACCUAUUGGCCGAGCUCCUUCAUCCUCAAAAAGAUCAGUGGACCACUCGCUUCCACCGCUACCUACCCAGCCAGAUCGUCUCGACACUUCCUCUGCCUCGAAUCCCCAAGUCAUGAUCCAGGCACCAACGCCCAUAGUAUCGCAGGAGGAGGAGCAGUUAAUACACGACCGGACACCGCAGCAAGAGCAACGGGACACUGACAUUGAGAUGACAGACGCCUCUCCAUCUUUACCUUUGUCUACUAAUGAUACCCACACUGCCGGCGAAGAGACUGCUGGUUCAUCGUUGCAAAGAGACGCUGCUCCAGUCAAGGUUGACUUGCCACCACCUCCACCGCUUGCUGAACGCCAAGAUCAGACUCGGCAUUCUAUAGGUGCUGCACCACAAAGUCAGGAGAGUUUAGCGACGGCUCCCGCAGAACCUCAGAAAUGGUUGCUGCCACCAAUCAGGUCGGAAUUCAAGGGAAAGAAAUGCUUAGUCUUGGAUUUGGAUGAAACGCUAGUGCACAGCAGCUUUAAGAUUCUUCACCAGGCAGACUUCACGAUCCCGGUGGAGAUUGAAGGGCAAUACCACAACGUGUAUGUCAUCAAACGCCCUGGAGUAGAUGCCUUCAUGAAGCGUGUUGGUGAGCUUUACGAAGUGGUGGUGUUUACGGCGUCUGUAUCAAAGUACGGUGAUCCUCUGUUAGACCAGCUUGAUAUCCAUGGCGUGGUUCACCACAGACUCUUCCGAGAGAGCUGUUACAACCAUCAAGGCAAUUAUGUCAAGGAUCUAUCCCAAGUCGGCCGCGAUCUCCGCGAGACCAUUAUCAUCGACAACUCGCCCACCUCAUACAUAUUCCACCCACAGCACGCCGUCCCGAUCAGCAGCUGGUUCUCUGACGCCCACGACAACGAACUUCUCGACCUAAUACCCGUCCUCGAAGACCUCGCUGGCCCGCAGGUCAGCGACGUCAGUCUCGUUCUUGACGUAGCGUUGUAAAGCAAAAGUUAAAAGCAAAAAGCAAGAACCCUUUGCGAAAUCAUUCAUUAAUCCUGACUAUUCCGACAAAAUUAUGAUGAAUUGGGUUGCUCGGGUGCUGGG